AUAGCGCACGGAAGCUGGGGAAGGAUGCUAGAGGAAGUCAGUGUGCUGAGAGGAGUUGCGUGAGGAGGUAGUUUGUUGUUUGAAAUGAGACAUGGACGCGUUUGGAGUUGCUUGUGUGACAGAAAGCCAACGACUGGCGACAUGAACAUUCAAGAAACGUUAAAUAAGCAAAUGUGAGUGUAUGUUUAUGUUAUGUUUGGGAGAAAAAAUAAUUACACUAUAUUUGAAGGUAUAGUGAAGGCGUAUGACAUUUCAGUAACUUGAAACGUCCAUGAAAUAAAAAUCUGUCCCUUGUGUUUGUGGACUUACUGUCUGACAGAGAAGAAUGCCCUCGGAGGAUGACAGUGAACGAGCGACAAUGAUGGAAAUGUGCGUUAGUAAGGAAUGGCUAUUUCAAGAACUACGUUCCGACGCCUCAAGACUUGUGAUUCUCGAUUGCCGAAGUUCAAAUGAAUAUGGUGAAUCGCACAUUAGGCAUGCUGUAAAUUUUAGCAUUCCCAGUAUAAUGCUACGAAGAUUAGCAGCAGGUAAAAUUGAUCUUAUGUCCACAAUUAAAUGCCCAGAACUUAAGGCCAAAAUCAAGAACGCUUAUAAGGAGAAUGUGUUCGUUGUUUAUGGUGGUUUCAACGUGACAGAGCAGCACACACGAACUCAACAACAGUCUGCAAGUUUCACUGCGAGUGAUACGCUUCAUGUACUAGCCAAACAUUUGGUCCAAGAUGGCUGCCAAGUGGCGUGUUUAGAAGGCGGAUUCUGUUCAUUUCGGUCUUGCUAUCCGGAAUGGUGCGAGAGCUGUACGGAGUUAAUGGUGUCAGACGCCGAUCCUGGCUCCAUGGAAGUUGUUCCCUUGAUGGGUCUCCGCAGCCUUCGGAUAUCAGCGACUUCUCAGCUUCCCGAGAGGCAGCAGCAGCGUCAUCUUGGCUCUUCCUGCUCAUCCGCUGCCACGAGCAGCACCGAUUCUAGUGACUCUGAUGAUCGGUGCGAUUCGUCAUUGGGCUUGGAAGAGGACAGAGACUUUCCAGUCUUGAUAUUACCUCAUCUUUUUCUUGGAAAUGCAGCUACAUCUGAGGACAGCGAGGCUCUAAGCCGACACAGUAUAGAGUACAUCCUGAAUGUAACAGCAGAUCUGCCAAAUGUGUUCGAAGACUCUGGGUCCAUCAAAUAUAUGAAAAUACCAAUUGCAGACCACUGGAAAGAAAACUUAGCCAGUUUCUUUCCAAAAGCCAUAGAAUUUAUAGAUGAGGCACGCAGCAAUGAGAAGGGUGUUCUGGUGCACUGUCUUGCAGGAGUAUCUCGCUCAGUCACUGUAACAGUAGCCUACCUCAUGUACAAACUUUCCCUAAGUCUGAAUGAUGCAUUCAACAUGGUCCGUGCACGCAAGUCCAACAUAGCACCCAACUUCCAUUUCAUGCAACAGCUACAUAAUUUUGAAUGUGAGCUGACCAGAUCACCAAAGGCUGCACCGAAUCCUACUCAAGGUACAGAAAGUCAGGAAAUGAAAUCAGAAUCUGGGACUGUUAGUGACAAUGCUGUAGCCCAGACCACGUCAACAACAGCUGAGGCUCGGUGUUGCACUGAUCCUGACUGUAAGUGCCCUGCCCAUUUCCUUAGUCCGCUAGCAAUCGGCACCAGUCCUGACUCGGGCAUAGAGUUCGAUCGUUGGACAUCCGCACCAGGGGAGUGAGAUAAGGCGGGGGAGACGCAGUUCUGGCACUUUUAAAUAUAUUAAUUUCCUUCCUGAAAAAAAAAAAUCCGUGGGAGUGUAUAUCCCUGCAGGAAAUUUUAGAUUUCAUACUUGGGAUAAUUUCACGGCUUUUUUUAUAUCUAAGAAGGAAAGAUUUAUAAAAGUGUAGCGUCUCACCCCAAGCCUGGUGAAUUGUUAAGUAAUGCGUAUGCAAUCCUUGGUCCAAGAAUAUGUGGAUAUGCUUCCCAUAUUUUGGCAUUAAAGGUGAAUUUCCAACUAAAUUUUCAUUGUGAGAUUUGAAGUUCUCACACCAGCGUGACUACGCAGAUACUGUCUCUGGGAUGUGAUGCCAUGUUGUCUUGCAGAAGUUUACUGACCUUUCAGAGGGAACAUCUUGCACUUUACUCUGAAUCGUCAAUAAAUUUCUACCAUACUACAUAGUGCCGCAUCCAAGAAUAUGGUACUCUUCAAUUGUCGAUGCUUUAGGAGCAGUAAGCCGUAAUAAUAAUGGGCAUUGUUGGCAAUAUAUGGGUAGCUGCCCCACAAGAGUAGUGACAGCUGAUGUAUAGUAAUGGAUGUUAAAAUCUUCCUUACUGGAUAAGUCUGUGUAUAUGUUAUAUAUCUCCUAUGUGAGAUACACAAGUAAGGAACUUUUGCAACACAUGAAUGGAUUCUGAACAUCAAAAGCAAUCUUUCUGUAAAAUGUAUUUAUGGAAUUAUUAAUCAGAGUAAUGUUACAUUAAUAAUUGCACUUCAUAGUUUCUGAAAUGAAGGAAACUUUGGUUGUCCGUGCAGCUUAAGAGAAGAGAAAUGGUAGAGUAUGUACUCAACAUUGGAACAUUUCUUGUGUUCAGAAGAUGAGAGCGUGGAUUGGUAACUUGCUACUUAGUGGAUAGAGCAGUUAGGUUUUGUAAUGCGGCUGUACUCUCUUGGUCACGAGUUUACAGUAAUAUGUGCAUGAAGUUUAUGUCUUGUAAGAUAUUAAUGAGAUAUUCAAGAUGUAAUUUACUUGGUACAAGACAAUUCUUUUACAUAUCUGUGAUGUAUCAUACAUAUUUCAAUGAUGAUGUAAGACAAAUACAGGUGAUAUAUUUUUUUUUCUCACAUUUUAAGACACAUCACUUUAAUGGCACAAGCCUAUUUGCCAGUUCACAUGGCGAGAAAUCCCAUCAUCACUUCGUCAGUAACAGGUUAACUUUCUCAAAACUUCAUCACAGUUAAUAACACAAACACUGUGAUGACAGUUGUCUGUGUUGUUCUUAUUCUUAAAACAGUUUUAUUUACGUUGUUAUGUGUUUAGAUGUAUGCAUGUUAGUAGUUGUGGCAUGUAUAAAUUAAAUUAAAUUUCAUUAAAAGUUCAUAAAAUCGUCCUUUCCUAAAAUUGAAGUAACCCAGGUUGCCAUUUGACUAGUGAAUCCUGUUGUGCUGGUUCUGCUUUUAACAUAGAAACAUAAGAAAUAUCCUGUCUAGAAAACCAAAAUUGACAACCGUGGGGAUUUGUUGCACUGACCAUGUGAC